AUGUCCCUUGGAGGCGUUCCAUAUACGUGCGGCACCUUUCCCCAGCUCAACUCGAAGUCUAAGAACGGUAUCCAGUACCCGUUGUCACCUCUCGAUGCCAUCGUCGUUCAAAGAAUUCUCAAUUCGGGAGGGGAGAUAGCGGGAACAGUUACUUGCGAGAACUAUUCACUAACGCCUUUAUCUUACACAUCCGCCAACGGGCCUGUCCACAACCCAUGGCUCCGAAGCUACAAUGCCGGCGGUAGCAGCAGCGGCGCCGCAAGUCUACUGGGACUGCAAGUAGCACGGGCUGCCGGAGUCCCCGGCCUCGAAAGUGCCGGGAAAGAUAUUGGCAUGGCCCUCGGCGGGGACCAGGCCGGUUCCAUACGAUGCCCCGCAGCAUACUGUGGCGUGUAUGGACUAAAGCCAACGUAUGGCCUCGUGCCAUAUACGGGUAUCGCGGGACUGCACCCUAUGAUUGAUCACGUCGGCCCUAUGGCCGUGAAAUUAGAUGACAUUGCGCUGCUCCUGCAGGCCAUUGCAGGCUACGAUGGCAUGGAUGCUCGCAUGUCGCCAGAAACACCAUUGCCACACACUAUUCAGCAGUAUUACCACGAGCUCCUGAAAUUUUCGGCCGAAUUUGCCGCCAUAGGAAUUAGUUCCCUCCGCAUAGGCAUCAUUACCGAGUCGCUGGUCGCCCCAUAUACGGCCCUAGAGGUAGCUUCUGUCGUACGGGACGCAGCCUUCAAGUACUUCACAGCUGCUGGAGCAGCGGUCUCUGAGGUCUCGAUCCCCAUGCAUCUCAUCGGCCCAUCUAUCUGGACGGCGUCCUGUAGAAACAACCUAGGUUUCCUCGGCAUGGGCUCUCGCGUUCCAGACAUCCUCACCCACGGACUUCCUCAGUGGGCGCCUCGUUGGCCACCUGACCAAGAGAUGUUUAAUCUUCUAACGCACCAUAAUCCGGCAGUCAUGCACGUCAUAUUCGGCGAAACUUUCCUGAAUGACAGGUUCGGGCCGGGGCUCAAGCCAAGGCGCACCGUCAUAUUUUUCAGCUGCGAAAAGCCUACGACGAGGCCUUGGCCCAGUUUGAUAUUCUCGUUACUCCGACGGCACCAACCGUGGCACCUCGACACCCGGAUAUGA